GGAAAUACUGAGGAACGGAGAUUCGGCCUUCUGGAAUUACCAUGGGGCGUAGCUUGGUAGAACUGACCAGCUCUCAUAGGCGAGCCAUUCUAGCUUAUCACUCUCUCCUCAAGGUAUGCACGGAAACACGGAUCUGUGGGCUGCUCUCACGGGCCUUUUUCUGUUUGCGUUCAUCUUGAUCCAAGUCAUCGAGGCAAUCUACGAUGUAUUCUUCCACCCACUUGCGAAUUUGCCCGGGCCAAAAAUAGCAGCCUGGAGCAACAUUCCGUACAGUUACUGGUUCCACGGCGGUCGUAUGCCUUACAAGAUUUUAGAUUUGCAUGAGAAAUACGGACCCGUCGUCAGAAUCGCCCCCAACGAAGUCUCUUUCAACUCGCCGCAGUCAUGGAACGACAUCUACAAUUUCCGUCAGGGCCAUCAGACCUUCGUCAAGAGCGAAUUCUACCAGGGAGGGCCUUUUGCGAGCCGUGGAGUCCAUUCUAUCGUGAGCGAACGUGAUGUAGACGAACAUGGACAAAUGCGCCGGCAUCUGUCACACGCUUUUUCGGAUCAAUCUCUCAGGGAGCAAGAGGUCUUGAUUGCCAAGACAGUUGAUAGGUUCAUUGAGGUAGUUGGCGAACGAGGUUCACAGUCGGGAGGAUUCAACUUGGGCAAAGGCCUUGAAAUGAUGACCUUUGACAUCAUCGGCGACCUAGCUUUUGGAGAAACAUUUGGUGGCGUGGACAGUGAUCGACCUCAUCCUUGGAUUGACAUUGCAAUGGGUGCUCUAAGACAAGGAGCACUAGCAGACACUUUCAACCGCUUUCCGAUGGCGUCCAAGCUCUUGACGGCUCUGUUCUCAAGUAAGAUCGCAAAGUUGACCGAGGAGACCAGGCACAACGAAGAUAUGGCCAUAGAGCUCGUCAACAAACGCAUCGUCCGCCACGAAGACGCAAGAAAGGACUUCAUGACACGCAUUUUGGAACAGCGAGACCCCGAGAAGGUGUCGGACCUGCAGUUAGCAGCUCACGCCUCCGACUUCGUCGUUGCUGGUAGUGAGACGACGGCCACGGCGCUUUCAUGUAUCCUCUAUUACUUAUUCAAAAACCCAGCUAUUAAGGAAACCUUACAAAAAGAAGUGCGGAGCAGCUUUCAGUCGUACGACAGGAUUAACUCCGUGUCGACUACGCCCCUGAAGUACUUAAAGGCCGUCAUCCUCGAAGGCCUUAGAAUCUACCCACCUCUCCCUUUUGCACUACCUCGAGUUGUCCCCGCCGGCGGCGACACAGUAGACGGCCAUUUUCUACCAGCCGGAACCAUUGUGAGCACGAACCCGGUGGCGGCCAGCUUGGGGUCGCAAUAUUUCAGCGACCCUAUGGACUUCAAGCCAGAGAGAUGGCUAGCCGAGAAAGACGAGGUGCAGGGCGAUAUUCUUGCCGCAACACAGCCAUUCAGCCUCGGACCUCGAAGUUGUCUGGGCCGGAAUUUGGCCUGGCUGGAAUUGCGGACAGUAUUAGCCAAGCUGCUGUGGACGUAUGACAUGGAGCUCGUGAAUAACCACGUCGAUUGGCACCGCGAUUCGCGAAUGCUUACUUUGUGGAAGAAGCCGCCGCUUUGGGUAAAGGUGGAGCGUCGAGCGUAAUGGCAGAGUGCGAGAAUGAGGCUAUGUCUCAGGGGUAAACUAAGCUCGAUUGGGAAAUUCCCGACUGUGCAAAGCACAGCUCACUGUAGCCAAGAGACAGAGAGGAUUUGUCGAUAUAAUAA